AUGGCACCCAUCGACAUCGAAAGCAAGGCGCUGGUUGACUUUGACCAGAAGAGCUUGUUCAUCUCUGCCGCUUCUAUCGCCUUCAAUCCUCUGUUCUGGAACAUCGUCGCGCGACAAGAGUACAAUAAUAAGCUCCUCACCAAGCUGUUUGGCGGACGCUCGCAGACUGCUUGUUACGCGCUCGCUGUCACCAUUUUCUCUCUGGGAAUCUUCCGUGACCUCCUCUACGAACGCGCUCUCCGCUUCCAGCCCGCACACCCGUUGCUCGCGUCCGACACUGCGACCUACAUUGGCUAUGCCCUAGUCGCGACCGGCAAUGUGCUCGUUCUCUCCUCGACAUGGCAGCUGGGCAUCACCGGCACUUUCCUUGGUGACUACUUUGGCAUCUUGAUGGACAGCAUCGUGACUGGCUUCCCCUUCAACGUCACCGACGCGCCCAUGUACAACGGCUCCACCCUGAGCUUCCUCGGUGCUGCGCUCAUCUACGGCAAGCCCGCCGGCAUUCUGUUGACCGUGUGGGUCUUCAUCGUCUACAAGAUCGCCCUGAGCUACGAGAACCCCUUCACCGCGGGCAUCUACGCCAAGAGAGACCGCGAGCGUGCCGCCGGAAAGGAGACCAAGAAGAUUCGAUUCCGCCCGUCUACGAUCGUUGUUACCGGGAAUACCAUGAAGCCCACUUGGGUGGACGAAACCCAGCAUGGGAGCAACUCCCGCAGGAACAGCGCGAAUCCCUUCACUGCGGACUACACUAUCGACCAGACCUUGCAUGGUCUAUCGCAUACGGACCGUCGGCGGUCGAGGCGGUUGACGUUAGACAUCGAGGUGCCGCCAGAUUUCGGAAGGACCGACUUCAUCAGACUCGAUACCAUUCCCGCAACUCCAGGGCCAUCGGAAACCACUUUCAGGCUCGAUACGCCGAUUGAGAAGAAAGAAACUGAGCCGCUGGCUCUUCUGGCUGGUCCGACCCUGCCUCUUCCCAAUGAUUCCUACAGAAAAAGCCAAGCGGGGUGGUGGAAUAGACGAUGGAGCGACCUCGUCACUUUUGGUCAGUUUGUUGGGCCAGGGUUCAUGAUUGCCGUCGCAUAUAUCGACCCGGGAAACUACGCAACCGACAUCGCAGCGGGAGCGUCCUACCAUUUUGAUCUGUUGUUCAUCGUGCUCCUGAGUAAUAUCAUCGCCAUCUUUCUCCAAAGCCUCGCCAUUAAACUGGGCACCAUCACGGGCCUCGAUCUAGCCACCGCCUGCCGCGUCUUCCUACCAAAAUGGAUGAAUGUGACUGUUUACGUCUUGGGAGAGAUCGCCAUCAUCGCGACAGACAUGGCUGUUGUGAUCGGCACCGCGACGGCGAUACAUCUACUCAUCCCAAAACUACCGCUGCUGGCGUGUGUGAUCUUAACGAUGCUGGAUGUCGUCUUCAUCGUCGUCUUCUAUCGGCCUGACGGUUCCAUGAGGGGUCUGCGGUUAUUUGAGAUUGCCGUCUGCUUUCUCGUCCUUGGGGUCGUCGUUUGCUUCUGCAUUCAACUAUCUCUCAUCGAGAAUACCACCGUCGGCCAGGUCUUCCGCGGUUACCUCCCUUCCGGCUCGAUCAUCCAAACUCAGGGACUUUACCAAUCCUGCGGCAUUCUAGGAGCGACGGUGAUGCCACACAGUCUACACCUCGGCUCCGGCGUCGUCCAAUCCCGUCUCAAAGACUUCGACAUGAAAGAAGGAAACCUCCAAGAACUACCGCGCACCGACACCAUGACCACCGUCGACAGCGUCCAGAAAGUCUUCUACUUCCCCUCCAUGGCCGCCAUCAAGCACUGCAUGAAGUUCUCCAUCGCCGAGAUCAUCUUCUCGCUCUUCAUCUUCGCCCUCUUCGUCAACUCGGCCAUUCUCGUUGUCGCCGGCGCCGCGCUGUACCAGGGACAGACGAGCCUGGCAUCGGAUAUCUUCGGUAUGCACGACUUGCUCGCGAACAGCAUCUCCUCCGCUGCCGGCAUCAUCUUCGCCUUUGCUUUGUUGCUGUCGGGCGUCUCGGCGGGUCUGGUGUGCACCAUCGCCGGACAGCUCGUCAGCGAGGGGGCCCUGGGCUGGCGGAUGAGGCCCUGGCUUCGUCGGCUGAUCACGAGGGUCAUCAGCAUCACGCCCGCGGCCGUGGUCGUUGCGGUUGCGGGGCAGUCCGGGUUGAGCAACGCCCUCACGGGCACGCAGGUUGUGCUGAGCACGGUGCUGCCCGUCAUCACGGCGCCGCUGAUUUACUUCACCUCGUUCAACAAGUACAUGACUGUGGUACCCGGGGCGGCUAGUUAUGGGUCUGACACGGGGGUCGUGCCGGCGAGGAGGUUUAGCACCGUCGGAGUCAAGAUGGCGAACUCGUGGUAUACUACGGUCGUCGCGGUGUUUCUGUGGCUGGUCAUUACGGUCAUGGUUGGGGCGAACCUGGUGUUGUUGAUAGUGACUAGUCGGAACUAG